AAGAGUCGUAACGUCUUUCUAUGGUGGUAGUGUGAGAGGGGACAUUGGCCUAGACAGGAGUUUGUAUUAUAGAGAUAGAUAUACAGAAAACGUAUUAACGAGCCACUAUUCUAAAAAAAAGAAAGAAAAAAGUUCCGGCACAUCCACACCCGGGGCCCAAGUUCUGGAUAACUAGUCGAUAUUAUUGGGGUGCGAGGGCAUCCAUAUUUAACGGUAUCAGGCGAAGGGGAUACAGUUCUCAAAGUCCCCCCUUGUGACAUCACUAGCAAGUGGGCAGCUUUGACUUUUGUAUUUGGAGCUACAUCGCCAUGUUCCAGACAAGAUUAACUUCACCUCAAAGGAUUAUAGUUGGCAGAAUAACUACGAAGACCAUUGCUUCCACCACCACCACUACUCAACUCUAUGGUAGCUACAACUCUUGUAUAUUAGAAUCGUCGACUACCGUUUGACAGUUAAUUUCUCUAAGACACGACCAGGCUGUCAGAAGUAGGGUCUCUGGUUUGCUUACUUCAUCGUGCUUCCGGACUGGGAAGUGGUGCUAAGGAUGUAAUCGAAGCAUGCAAUGAGUGCAUGGUAUUUGGUGGGGUUUUUAUGCUUUGAGAUAUCCCCCAGGAUCGCUUUAUAAGAUCUCGCUCUUUAGCGCGCUAUAUUCCGCGACUACCGGUCUCCCGCUUGACGCCUGGCUUGGUCUGAGGUGUGUAGGUCUGAUCAAAGGUAUACCGUAGGGUCAAGUGAGCCGCGUGCUUGUGGGAUGUUCAGGGACGGAAUUUAAUCACGGAUAUUGAUGUACAGUAGCAAUUUUCUCCUCAAUGAUCGGUAUUCGGAUGAUUUCUAAAUAUAAAUGAAAAAACUACGAUAUUUUACGUUUUCUUGGGUAUCGGAUGAUUAAAACGUAACUUCACAAGAAUGUGAGUAAGAUUAUUGAGAAGUAGUGACAUUAGGCAGCUGGUCGUGAGUCGAAUGCACGAGGAGUGCGCGAGCGCUUGUAAGCAGACGACAUUUGCCCAGGACGCCUGCAGGUGGAAAUGAGAGAAUGCUCGCACAAUAAACCAAUUCCUGAAAACAAGCGCCGCAUUGGAAUGCCUGAAGCAAGUUUUUCUGUGGUGAAUGUAAACAAUGAAUUACAGAAUUGCUGAGUGGCUUUGAAAUUAAUAAAGAGCAGAUUUUUUGCAUUGCGGAUAAAGAAAUGUUACUCGAUGUAACUUUGGAUCCCAAAGACGUAUCUUUCGUUUGAAGUAAGAGACGCUAGAAGCACGCCAGUGAAACUGAAAUACGUCUACUUGGGGUGAAAUUCUAUGAAUGGUUUUUGGUGUCAAGAUGCAUUGGCAGUUUUCAAUUGUCGUUUGGCUGGAGACAUUAACCCUUGCAGUGCUGACCAUCGUAACCGCCCAAGCUGCACCUGACGAAUCUCGAACGAUUCAUCAAGGUCGUCAUGUCUGUGUUCAAAGGAAGCAGUUCGCGCAACCAAUCCCCGUGCGUCAAAGUUAUCGGCGGCCGAUGUACAGGGAGACUGUCCAGAGGUGCGAAGAUAACAGACUGUGUAAAAGAUACAGCUUGGUUUAUGGCGUAGCUUACAGGACUAUUUUCCACAUGCGGAUUACCACACGAAUAGUACAUGACUGCUGUCCGGGCUGGGCGCAGACAAACCCCAGAGAUCACAACUGUAUGAAGCCGGUGUGUCCCGGUGGUUGUAUAAAUGGCGGCCAGUGCGUUGGACCGCACACGUGCGAUUGUAUGGAGGGCUGGACCGGACCAAACUGUGCUGACGAUAUAAACGAAUGUGCGGGAGAAAACAACUGUCAGCAAGUUUGUAAGAACCUGCAAGGGAAGUACGAGUGUGACUGCCAUGAUGGUUUCACUCUCGCUGACGACAAGGUGGCUUGCAAGUUGUGUAUAUCGUGUGUUCCUGAAUAUAGAGAGAUGAAAGACACCAUCACACAUCUAAUGAAGAAAGUGAUCGUGUUAGAAGAAGAAAAGGAUUUUCUGAAGGGUAACAUGUCGUACCUAGCUGAUCAUUAUGCUGAAGCCAUGGUAACCAUGCACGAGAUAAAGGAAGCCACAGCGACAACAGAACGGAAAUCCACGUCAUACCCUGACUCCAACUCCGACUCCUUCCCGUACGUGGCUAAUCCAGCCAUGAUACCGCUGGACAGGAUUGCCUCCCUUAGUGAACAGAUAGCUAUGUUGGAAGAACGCCUCGAAGUGUGUACAUGUAAGGAAUAUUAUGAACCUAAAGGAAGGAGCAAAAGAAAAAGGCGAAUUAAUUACUGAACUAUCUCCUACUGCUGUUAGAUCAUCAAGAACACUGGGAUACAGUUCCCUCGCGGAGUUUACUUCAUGGCAGCAUACAGAACUGAAAAUAAACACAGACAUCUUCAUGAUCACGAACCGGAUACAUUUGGGAAUACCUUGACAUUUAUACUCUCGGCAUCAGAAAACAAAAGAAGGUUCAUGGAUAAAGAUAGUUUUGUGUUGAGAAUCGGUUGGAAUUUCAUCACCGAUCAUCGAUUAUAAUCGGUUGGUACCAACCGAUCAACUUUCGAUUAUACAAUCGGUUAGAAUUAUAUGAAUAUUAGAAGGAGUUGAAUUAUAAGGAUUAUGCACCUUUUGUCGUGUUCACCUUACAAAUGACUAAUUUUGCCUUUAAUAACUAUUUAAUAUCUUUUUUUUCCAUAAGGUAUUCAUAAAAACAAACCCAGUCCCCAGCAUAUUUACAUCAGUUCUAUAAUCUAAACUUACAGUUAAUAUAUUCCCACACAAUCGAUUAUGGAUUUUUAUAAUCGAUCAUCAGAUCGGUAGAGCGACACCGAUAAAUAUCGUUUUUUAUCGAUCAUUGGAACAUCACUUGGAAACCCUUUUAAUCGCCAGGUUGCAUGCCUCGAAUAUCCUAGGAAUCUUCAAGCGAAAGGACUUUUCGAUUUUUAAAAAUCUCGAAAACCCUUUCUGCAAUAUUUUACGAUGGAAACCAUGUUUGUAGAUCAUUUGCCACGAUCAAUGAUGUGUAUGUGUAUUUCGAAAUGUAUUGCCUAAAAUACCUGAUGUGUCUUGUUAUGCAGUUUGUUUAUCCAGCGUAGACGCGAUGUUAAUGGAUAACGUAUCCUGUUAGACCAAGGAGAAAGAGGAGUGUCUCUAACGUUUACUCUGAAAGGUGGAUGCCGUCUUGUGAUGCAUCAUACCAGGACAACUUGGUCAACUAUGACGAUGUCCGUUUCAAACAAGGUUAUCUCGAAUACCUGCGAUAUUACAUACAUAAUUUAUAUGCAUACUGAGACAUUUUCAUAUAUAGACUAAAUGCAUAUGUGAAAUUUCCAUAUUUGGAAUACCUCAACACAUAGAUCUAGGGCCGGAUGUUUGAAGAUGGUGGCGAUGGUUUUCUCGACAUGUCUAUGUAUCGACCUGUCGUAUGUCUAAUAACCAUGUUUGUAUAUAAACGUAGUUCAUUUAUGGUAUUAAAAUGAAACAGACGUCAGCCAUUUGUCAUAAAGGUUGACCAAAUACGGCUGUAGUGAAUAAGGAUACGAGUACACAAUGGUAAGUAGUGGUUUAGUGGUGUAUUCAUGUUGCUUAGACUAAGAAACUGUAUGUUUAUGAAUAAACUAGUUGAUAUGUG